AUGUUCACGACCACCGGUUCCCGAGGGCUCGGUAAGUACCAAACUAGUUGAUUCGUGUCCGAGUGCUUUCGCUCGGUCCUUUCUCGCAGCUUUGCACUGUCAUUCAUUCUAGAUUAAUCUAACUAUUUGGACGGAUCACAUCGACGAUUCGAGCCUAUACCAUUUUUGUCAUAAUGUCUAAUAUUGCAUGAUAUCUCUAGAUACUUGUUUCAUUUCAUAAACGACGCUCAAUGCUGGCUCAGUACUAUAGUGACAGAAAGGUGCAUGCGGUUGCCCCGCCCACAUUUCCCAUACAAUAUUCCCAUACAGUAGCUACCAGGAACAAGGACUCUGUGCUGUAAGUUCUGAUAGAGUAUCAAAUUGAUUGUGCCCUACAGGUAGGUUGUUGAUUGAUUGGUUGCCUCCCCCCACAGAUAAGGCCCCCCUGUCUAAAGGUCUCCUCCUGGUCCUCAGUGGUCUGACUGUCGUGCUAACCCUCCUGCCCCAGUACCAUCACCUGUUCACCUACAGCCUACAGGCCAUCACGCAGCAGCAACAGGUAGGGGAAGAGAGAGAGUGUGUGUCGUAAUCCUCUUCUAUCUCCUUUUGUGGGUAUCAAAUUGCCAAAGACGGUACAGUAUGAAGAUAGGCAGAAACUGCUUCUCCAAUAGAAAUCCCCGAUCACGCUUGUAGGCGACGUUGGCUAGCUAAACUCAUGCCCAGAAACACGUAAUCGGCGCGACACGGCCAUUAAAAGCCGAACUGCGCAAAUUCAGGUCGUCAACUCAAAGGCACUCCUUCGAUAUAAAGUUGUUUUUGAUUAAAAUUAUAACUUGUCAGUUUGUCACUUUCACGAGGUUGUAGUAAUGACAGUUUCAGCUACUUGAGACGUUGGCUCGAAUCUCGGUUUUGCGUUUAGAUUUCUAGAAAAUGAACAACUAAGGACACAUUUUUAGGUCUGGUCUGCCAAGUCUGUUUCGCAAGCGUCCCCGGAAGUUUCGUUAUGUUGCUCAUCUGGGUUUAGAAACUCUGAGAUGUUGCUCUCCUUCUGUGUGUGUACUGUGUAACAACCCUUUCUCCUCCUCUAUAAGGUAUGGCGGUUAGUGUGUGGCAGACUGAUCUGUCUGGACCUAAAGGACACCUUCUGCAACAGUCUGCUAAUCUACAACUUUCGCAUCUUCGAGAGACGGUUUGGCAGCAGAAAGUUUGCUGUAAAUUCAGUUCAACCUACCUUGUAAACCUAUGUCAGACUCACUGGGCGUGUUCCAGGUGGUCUUUAUUGCAGGCGUGCUGCACAGAUUAUCAGUUGUUUCAUCAGAUUAUCAUGAUGAUGAUAUGAUUUUAUGUUAUGAUGAUGUCAUUGUUUCAUACUAUAACAUCCUGGUUCUUCCUGUAGUCCUAACUGUAACAUCCUGGUUCUUCCUGUAGUCCUAACUGUAACAUCCUGGUUCUUCCUGUAGUCCUAACUGUAACAUCCUGAUUCUUCCUGUAGUCCUAACUGUAACAUCCUGGUUCUUCCUGUAGUCCUAACUGUAACAUCCUGGUUCUUCCUGUAGUCCUAACUGUAAUAUCCUGGUUCUUCCUGUAGUCCUUACUGUAAUAUCCUGGUUCUUCCUGUAGUCCUAAUUGUAACAUCCUGGUUCUUCCUGUAGUCCUUCCUGUUUGGGACGUGGGUCCUCACUGCACUGAUGGACUUCCUGCUAGCCGAAGCAUUUCACUACCUGUUUGACUACCAGGUGGCUGAGCUGCCUGCCGGACUGUGA